CUUUACCAUCUUGCAUAAAGCCAACUUGUCGCUUUGACCUCCCAUGGACGUCAGCAUGCAACAAAACAAGCAGCUGAAUACCUGAAAGCAUCAUCAACGCAAUGUCGCCAUCCAACAGCCUUGACUUUGCCUCCCUCUUCCAUGGCGUCCCGCCUCUUCCACCUCCACCACCGCCAAUUCCAAACCCUACAGGGCGGCGACGACGAAAAGGGAAGGAGCAACUCCUAGCGGGUAAACGGUUCUGGGCGGAUCCACCGAAGCCAACGACCACGUUGCCUGCUAAAGCGCCCCAAGUUCAGGACGAAGUAGCGGUGGCCCAAAUUCGCAAAGACGAGCGGUUUGACCGGACAAACCUCAAAGCCAGAGUACGGAAACUGCUAGUCGUGGAUGAUAAAGCGGAAGACGCUCGGCCUCGCAAACCAACGCUGAACGUAUUCGCCGUUGUAAAGAAGCCAGCAGGCAGAGCAAGCAAGCCCGCGAACAAACAACGACCUAAAGCAGUGAAACAAGAUCCCUCGUAUCGCCCGGACAAAUGGUCUUCUUCCGAGUCCGAGGAGGAUUCAGACUGGGACUUCGUGCCGGGUGAUCUCCCCGCCUUCGGUCAAGUCAAGGGGCAGGAACAGUUCUCACCCGUUACUACCUCUAGUCUCACCUGUGUGUCACCACAACGACCAACACGACCACCACCGCCGCCACCGAUCCCAAACCCGCUCAAGCGCAAACGCAUAGAAGAUCCAACGUAUCGACCUUCGAGGAACAGCGAGGAAUCCAGUUUCGACGACGACGAUGAGGAAGAUGACGGGUCUGACGAAGGGGUAGAAGCGCUGAAAAGACUCAAACUAGGCAAGAAUAAUAAGAAGGUCAAGAAGAGGGGGGGCAGAGUAGCGGAAAGACAGCGGGAGAAAUCACCGGAGAAAGAUAAGAGGGAUAUGUUGACAAAAGGGAAUGGUGACGAAAUGCAAAAGCCCAUAAAUAAAAAGGGUAAGUCCGUUUGGGAUCCGUCUUAUAAGCCACCGAGAGACGAAGAAGACGACAGUGAUGAGUACAGUGACGAGUAUACCUCUACCGAUGGCGGGAGCAGACAAAGAAGGAAAAAAGUUCGCGUGCGAGAGCGCGGUGAUGGUCCGAAGGACAAGAAUGAUGACAAUGCCCACCUCGACGACAAUCCCAAAAACGACGUGAUUCCCCAGGAGAAACUCCUUCCAUGCCAGGCACGCCCAUGCCUUCCUCCCAAGUUCGGCAGGCGGAAGAUCAAGCAGAGGAACCGCCACAAGCCUCCCCGCAUCUAUGAUCCCUCCUACAAGCCAGGGACAACCUCAACGGACGAUGACAGCAACAAUACUGAUUCCAGUUGGAGCUCUUCGGAAGAGGGCAAAGACAGAAAGAAACGGAAAAAUCCCCAGCCAAAAGCACCCAAGACCCUGCAGACGGUUAGCGACCUGCAGCACGAGGUCAUAAGACUGAUGCUAAAAGAAACAAAAUCCGCCUCCGCAAUGACCAAAAAGCGAAAACGGCCCCGAAUCCUCAGACGACACACCAGCGACCAAUCCUUCCGCCCAUCGGACACCACUAGUGACGAGUACAGCGAUGAAUGGUACAGUUCUGAGUACUCCUCCUCUGAGUUGGACGUCAAGAACAAGAAGAGGAAGAAGGGGAUGAAGAAGAAGAAAGACCAGCCUAAUGUGAACCGGAAUUCCCCAGGAUUUGGACCUGUGACUGGCACGAGGGAGGACUUGGAUUGUGGGAGUCCAGUUGAAGCAAGCGAGGAAACGAGAGAAAGUGUGAAACCAGAAAAGCAGCCAGCAAGCAGGAAGACGGGAAGAAGAAGAAUUGGGACACUCGCCAUUGAUGGCACACACAAACCAUCGGCCGACUCGGAAUCUUCCGAGUUUGAGUCCGAACCCAUCUCAGGCUUAGACCACUCCGUCUCCAGCAUGAAGACUAGCAACGACGACCCGAAGCCCGAGCUGAUAUUCGAGCCGAAAGGACAAGAUUCCAUACCACCCGUGAAUCUAGAAGGGGAAACGCCGCAGGUCCAGACCCCAUCCCGACCUCUUUCCAAUAUCAAAACUGCUUUCUACCCCCUAUGUCAUGGUCGUUACUCACCUUGGCCGCCAGCCCGCGGGACGGUCUACUGCCAGCCUUGCUUCCGGGAGCAAGUGGUAGUUCGGGGGUUACUGAUUCGGCGGGGGAUAAGCGAGACGAUGAGGUUGUUGAAGGUGUUGUUGGGCGGUGGGUCUGACUUCGGGAAAGAAUUGGAUGAAGCCCUUGAAAAGCUUUUGGGUGGUGUUGAGACCGAGCAAGUGAGGAGCACACGUGUAGAAGAUUACGGUCAGGGCCAGGAUGAAGAGGACGAAAGAGAAGAAAGGGUUCAACGGGGAGAAGACACUCACACGAAGCCCAUGCCCUCAGCACAGUCAUCCCCUUCCGAACUGCCCGAAGAUGUCCAGACCCUCUUGGUGCUGAGGCGCCUUUCAGAUAUUGUCAACACCAGGAGCACGCCAACAUUGUCCACAGCAUAUCCCUCCGGCUCCGAUGUUUCCCCUACAAUGCCCUUUUCUCUGUACUUCCCGUCCAUCGCCAAUGCCGCCUCUUCGAAGCCUAGCCACCAACAGCAAGACCCAACCGGUCCAAGCCGCUACUCCUCCCCGCUCCCUCCAUGUCCUGCCCUGAUCCCGCAGGGCGAGGCCCACAAUCGUACCGGGAAUGGUGCCGGCAUCAAAAUGUCUUACUUCUGCCUCAAGCCUCCUUCAACGAGAUCCAUUAUUUCCCUUCCGUCUCCAAACCCACUGGACAACGCUAUAAAUAUCCUACACGACGCGAUCGGCAUCUCUACCUGGCAGGCUCGUCGAUUAUGGAACCAGUAUGAAGGCUCGGGUAUAUGGGACCUAGCGCAGGUGGAUUCGCUUGUCGAGAAAUCCCAUGCGAAAUGCCUGAAAAAUUCGGAUAUAGAGGUGGGAAUGGGGAACGAUGAAAAUCAUCAGGCUGUUAUGCUGGAGUUGGAGAGUUUGGCCCAAUUGGAAGAGGAAAUCAGGAAUGCCUUUGCGGAAAAGGGGAGCCGAGAAGAGGAAAACGAAGGUCGAACUCGACAGAGUGAUGGUGGUGGAACUGGAGCUACACGCAGCAUCAUGUUUGGGGCUGUGACGGCAGGCCAGGCCGGGAGGAAACGAUCUCGAGAAGAUGAUGAUGACGACUGCAGGUUGGGUCGGGACCAUGCUCAACCUCCAAACAAGAAAUGCAAGCUUAUCAAACCCAUCGACUUACUCAAGAGCCAGGAGGCAAUGCCAGAUUCACCGCAGACACCAAGAGAGAAGCCGAGGAUGAUCCCUUGCCAUUCCUGCUCCGGGUUCAACACUGCCAAUUAUAACAGUUGCGCUGCCGUACGACGCAACGACUACAUUGAGAUGGGCGGUAGACCAUGGGUAAAAACACUGCAAUGGACUCUCGACAUCAACGAGUCAGAAGCGGCCAAGAUGACGCUGAAUAGCUUCUUGGACUUGAUCAGCCGGAGUGGAAAAGCGGCCCAUGUGAACAGCUCCGGGUGGGAAUUCGUGGUGCACCGCCCUGGCGAUGAUAACGACGCGGAGACAAGGGUUGUUUUCCUGGAUGUUAGGCCUGGGUUGGAUCUUCACUUGUAGGUGUGAUGGAGAUCCAACGACAUGUGCAUGUAUGGCACAAGGGGCAGGUUGUAGACUCUUGGAUAGAGGUGCA